AUGGGGGCGUUCGUCGCUUGCGGCAACACGCUGCCACGCGCCCGCGAGACGGUUCUGGGCGUGGAGGGCGGGGACAGGGGUGGGACGGUGGGACGGUGGGAUCCGCGGACGGGGACCGGGACGGUUGAGGCUGUCAAGGGCCAGUACACGGACGCAGAGGGGAAGUGCCGUGUGGAGGCGCUGCUCUUCGAGGAGUUCGGCGCAAUGAGCGCGGGGGUGGAGGAGCUGCUGAUGCGGGUGGCUGAGGUGGCGGGCCGGAAGCUCACGUGGUGGCAGUACGACCAGACGUCGUGGUCGGCGCGCGAAUGGAUGCCGUUUGCGCUGCAGCGACUGUCGGUGCAGCUCUGGACGGCGCUCGAGCGGACGAGGCACAGCGCGCCAUUAUUGGUGCGGCGUCGCGCGGCCGCGAGGGACCGCAGGGGGGGGUAA